AUGGCGCGUAGGGCGCCGAGCGGGCGGGCCCCGGCCGUGGCUCCGGCUCCGUCCCGGCGGCUGGCAGGGAGGGUCCUCGUCCUCUUCACGCUGUCGCUGUCCUGCUCGUACCUGUGCUACAGCCUCCUGUGCUGCUGCGCCCCAGCCCCGCCGGCCGGCAGCGCCCCGGGCCCGGCCCGCCCCGGUACCAAGCGCCUGCCGCGGGCCAUCGUGGUGGGCGUCAAGAAGGGCGGGACCCGCGCCGUGCUGGAGUUCAUCCGGGUGCACCCCGAGGUGCGCGCCCUGGGCACCGAGCCCCACUUCUUCGACAGGAACUACCACCGCGGGCUGGAGUGGUACAGGAGCCUGAUGCCCCGGACCCUUGACAGCCAGAUCACGGUGGAGAAGACCCCGAGUUAUUUUGUCACCAAGGAAGCCCCGCGGCGCAUCUUCAACAUGUCCCGGGACACGAAGCUGAUCGUGGUGGUUCGGAACCCUGUCACCAGGGCCAUCUCUGACUACACACAGACCCUCUCCAAGAAGCCGGACAUCCCCACCUUCGAGGGGCUGACCUUCCGCAACCGCAGCCUGGGGCUGGUGGACACGUCCUGGAACGCCAUCCGCAUCGGCAUGUACGCCGUGCACCUGCAGGGCUGGCUGCAGUACUUCCCCCUGUCCCAGAUCCACUUUGUCAGCGGCGAGAAGCUGAUCACGGACCCCGCAGGGGAGAUGGGCAAGGUCCAGGACUUCCUGGGCAUCAAACGGGUUAUCACAGACAAGCACUUCUACUUCAACAAGACAAAAGGCUUUCCGUGCCUGAAGAAGUCGGAGAGCAGCGGCUUGCCUCGCUGCCUGGGCAAGUCCAAGGGCAGGACUCACGUGCAGAUAGACCCCGAGGUGAUCGAGCAGCUUCGGGACUUUUAUAGACCUUAUAACAUCAAAUUCUAUGAAACAGUCGGGCAGGACUUCAGGUGGGAGUGAGUGAGUGGGAGCAGGGCUGCAGUGACACGAGG